AUAGAAUUAAAGGUGCCACAUCUUCCCCGCCCUACUAUAUAUAUCCUACGUACAUGGCCUAGCCUUCACAGAACGCGUGUGAAACGACGUUAUUUUUGUCAGGCCUUGUUUCAUAUGACGUAAAGCAAAUGUAUAUGUAACAGUCACCAUAUGGUAAACGUCUCAUCGCUAAUGUUGUUGUAUAUUUCGUAGAAUGGUCUCGACAUAAUCAUAUUUCAUAGUAAAUCAAUGUGUAUGUUACAGUCAUACAAGUUUUAAAUAGCCAACCAGUAGGCUCUAUGUGUAUGCUCGUAUAAUAUAAGCAAACGGGUUCAAACGCUUUCUGAUCAUUCAAACAGAACUGUUUUUAAGAAUAAGUGAGAGAGCUGGGAAGAAUUUAAUUUGUCUGUUUGAAGUUCGUUUGUUUUUAAGAAUCAUGAAACAACUAUUGUUUUUUGCCUAUAUUUGGAACAUAGCUUUGUCAAACCAACUGAUGAUAAGCAAGGAAAGUCAACAGUUUCAUUCAUACUCGACAAAAUCGAGUUUAAAGACGAAGAUUGGUUACAAAAAGUGUUUGUUUUCUGUACCAAGCUACGUAUACGCAACAGUGAAAGCCACCGAAUCAUCCCUACCCCACACAUUUAAUGUGACAGUGCUUGAUGUGAAGGAAAGUUAUUUCGAGGUGGAACUUAAACGAACGGAUAUUUCUGAAGGAUGGAAUAUGUUUGUAACCGUUGACUGGUACUUCUACAUAGGUAACGGUGUGGUUUAUGAAAAUAAGGUUAUUUGGAUUGCCGAUUUAUUUAGCACGAAAUCCAUGAACUACGUGACAGCAAAAGCUGAUUGCAAAGAAAAAGGUGGCAAACUUGUGGAAAUUGUAGACGAGCCAAUGUAUGACGUAGUUUAUAAUUACGUCAGAAGCAAGUUCUCGUUUGGCUCGUUGGAGUAUGCCUAUGUUCAGUUAGCUUCUACCUACGACCCAAACACAGAUGAAAUAACGAAGGAAAAUGGCAAACCUGGAUAUGUAAAAUGGUUGACUACUUUUCCAAAGAAAGAGUCGAAAGGAACCAGUUUGCUGCUAAGGAUAGUCCCGCCCACUUCUAUGAGUAUAAAUCAUGGAAUAUGGAAUCAUUCACCUGAUUCUAUUAAAAACCUCAUGAUACCAGUAUGUGAAACUCACAUUUGACAAUGCUUGUAACUACAUUGUUCUGUUCAAGUAUUGUAAACUUACAAUUUGUUAUGUACUGUACACAUGACAUACCUUGGAAUUCAUGCAUUUCUUAAAAAUAGUAAUGUGGAGUAUGGGGAUACCGUCAGCAACUAGACCACAUACUCUCCGAAAGUGCUGUUUUAACAAUUGUCAACGCUCUUUUAGAGUCAGGGGGGUCAACCGCUAUAAUAUCUUGAAAUAUUCUUUGUUUACUCCCAAAUAAGACGAAAAAAAAUAUGUCCCAUCUUACACCAACUUACUGUAUCUUAGGUAAAAAAGAAGUCGUGUAUAUACUUUAUAUAUGUGGUUACCAUUGAGUUUUAUGUUGCC